AUGGCCGUCACAAACCAGGCAAUCUCCUCCUCGCGCAGGAAGUCGCGCAAGGCGCACUUCAACGCUCCCUCCAGCGUGCGCCGCGUUAUCAUGAGCGCGCCUCUCUCCAAGGAACUCCGUGAGAAGCACAACGUCCGCUCCAUCCCCAUCCGCAAGGACGACGAGGUCACCAUUGUCCGCGGCACCAACAAGGGCCGUGAGGGCAAGAUCACCAGCGUCUACCGUCUGAAGUGGUGUGUGCACGUCGAGCGUGUCGUCCGCGAGAAGUCCAACGGCCAGAGCGUUCCCCUCCCCAUCCACCCCUCCAAGGUCGUCAUCACCAAGCUCAAGAUCGACAAGGACCGUGAGCAGAUUCUGGAGCGCAUCAGCAAGGGUCGUGAGGCCGUCAAGGCUAAGUCCGCGUAA